ACGAGUUAAUCCAUCUGUUGUGCAGUUUGGGGUUUAUCUUUUUCCUAUUUCGCUCGAAAACAUACCUAUUGCUUCAGGAGUAAUACUUGAGUUUUGGUAUCUGGUCAUCAUGUUGCAUGAUAGCAAUGACAUUGCGUGAGUUUCAGCAGAUGAGUGACAGGCUUUCUCGGAAUUAUUGCGCAGUUGUGUCACUCUUCGAUUCAACGAAGGCAGUGUUGCAUUUUGAAUUCAGUUCUUCAGAAAAUUGCGAUCGAAAACUGCGUUUCAAGCUACUUAAAGGACGUAAAGAUUUAUUUUACAAGCAGAAACGAUGUCACAACCACAGCGAGAGCUGCAUCUUUUUAACUGUGACCGUACCUACAAAUUGGAAGCCGUCGAAGCUCUGUUAAACGCAACGAAAGCGAAACUCGGCUUUGACCCAGUCGUGAAGAAGCACUAUUUCUCGCUUGCUCAGAUGUCUGAGAUGACCACAAACAUCAUUCCCAAACUACAGAUGGACAUAGCGUUUUUUGUAGUCCAUGCACACGAAUCUCGGCUGUCGAUCAACGAAGACGACGCUGGAAUCGGUUACGCAAAUAUCUACAGGGCUCUACUGAAAAGAACGGGAGGGAAAGUCAUUAUCGUCAUUGGAGGAGAUGACAACUACAGGAGUGAAGACGAAAAAGACCGAGUCGUUAUUUCACGAUGGGCCUGGAGGAAGAUAUCCUCGCAGUUUAGCGAAGAAUUUUUAGAUGGAAGGAGCAGCUUCAUCUUUUCUUGGAACAACCAACACCGAGAGAUUCACGAAGAGGCACUGUUGCAUUUCUUUGAUCUGAACAAGAAAGGCCAGAAGUUUGAGUAUCAACCGAAACCAAAGCAACUAGACGACCGCUUGCAAAAAUAUCAGUCCAUGGAUGAACAAAUAGGAAGAGAAGGUACUGGAAGCAGCAACUCUACCAGUGCUGAACAAAGACGACGGGACUUCGCUUCCGGUCACUCCUACAAAUCAGCACAGACAUCGAGCGAGGGAACCCCCCUGCACAAAGAUCACUCCAUGAAUGAGCAAAGAGGGGAAGCUAAUGGAAGCAGGAGCUCUUCCAGUGCUGAACAAAGACGAGAGGACUUCUCAGUCGGUCGCUCCCGCAGUGCUGAUGAAACGAGAGAGCAGAGCCCAUUCGGUCGCUCCAACGUUGCUGAACAAACAAGAGACGACUACUCUUUUGGUAGCACCACUAGGACCGCCAUGACAACUUAUGACAGUGAGCAUGGAGCCAAGUCUAAAGAGACUCCUUCAGCAAGCACUGGUAGAACUAAGGUUACAGAACUGGCCAUUCUUGGUUGUAAUGUGUCGAAGGAUUCUGUGCGGGCCGCGUGGCAACUUUUUGAGGACAUUCGUCCCAGACUGAAUCUUGCACCAAAUCCGCCAGUUAAAAACCUUGUGCCCCCCGACGUUAAGCGAUAUUUGACCGAAAACCGUCUCAAGUUCUGUGUGCUGGUGGUAGAUGCUGAAACAGUCAAAGAUGCUUAUGACAAGCUAACUCAACGAAAAGUGGAAUACGAAGAUCUUCUCGAAACAGCAGCGGAUAAAGUUGAUAAAAAGGUCAUCAUCUUGAUGUGCGACACCUGCUCCUUCAAAUCAAAGGACGAUGAAACUACUGUUAUGCAAACCAUGGAGCACAUUAUAAACAAAAAGGGAAAGGGCUUUUUAGCGUGCUUGAAAAAUGGAAAGCUGUCUGUAGAUCCUGAUGUUUUGGUUCAGUGCCUGAUGUCGACAUCGCCAUCGCCAGCGCCAGAUUUUCAAGAAAAGAACAGAGAUGCCCCAGGUGCAGCGGCCGAGUCGUAUUCAAGUCAAUUAACAAAUCCUCCUAUCUUUUUGAAUGGGGAGCCUAUCUUGCUGAGGAGUUUACUUUUUAAUGGAAGAAUAUCCUAUGCCUUAGAACAUCUUCAACUAUGGGACCCCACAUUUACCGUUCCGGAUCACAUUAAUCAAAAUCUUUUUCAACAGUAUCAGUACACGCCCGUGACUGGAGUCACAAUCCUGCAAGGCACUGAUGGCGCACUUCGAUGGCCCGUUGAUCCAAAGUUGAUUGAAGUCUCGAGGUCAAGGUACGAAGGAAUACAGAUCGCUAACAACGAAACUCUCCUGUUAAAAACUCGUAUCCGUAAUGGACUGGUAUCUUUUGAAGAAAACGAUGUUCACUUUAGGCAUGGAAAUUGGCAAAUACCUCAACACAUCACGGAGAGUUUUAAAGCAGAAUAUAGUUCGACACCAAAGGGGGAACUUUGGAUCAUUUCAGACGACAAACAAAACUUACGAUGCAUCAUUAAGAUUGGAACAUUAAAUAAAAUGUUCACUUACGUCAAGAAAAAAUAUAAAGCCGGUUAUUCUUUAGUUCUAAAGUAGAUUCAGUUAUGCAAGGAAACAUGUGAAACAUUAUAUAUCUAAACUGCAACCUUAAAAGACAUGAGGAGUCAUCGGGAUUGAGUCUUCGACUUAGCCAGUCACAGUAAUAUAGCUAUUCAGGCUUGAACAGGAUGCGAACCCAUGACCCCUGUGCGAUACCGGCGCGGUGCUCUACCAACUGAGCUAUCAAGCCAACUGGGAGCUGCAAGUGUAUGUAUACAAAGUGCGGGAUAAUCUCGCAUAUAUAUACACCUCACUCUCUUUAAAAAAAUCUGACUGAUUUAUUGCAACGUAGCGAAAUUUAUUGCUACUUACAUAGAAGAAUUUAAAAGCGUAUUAAAUUAUGCAAUAGUUUCAAUCAACAAAAACGGUACAUUUCAAAUAAGCAAUAAACUAUUAAAACCCCAAAAAUGUAAACCU